GCGCCGUCGGUGUCCCCAUUGAUGUGCGUCUGCGAUAGCCACUAUCGCCUGCCUCGCUCCUCGUCGAACACACCUUCCAAAAAGCAUGCCCCAAAGGCGAACGCCGGCCAGGUGCUGUUGCGCGCGUUUGGCAUGUCCUCCCCCGAGCCCGUUCGCGAGAAGCGCACGAUCACGGUCGUCCCGGGCUCGUUCCAACAUGUCCCGGACAACGAUGCCAUGCUGUUCGGGAAGCAGGGUUACCACACGGACUUGGCCCAGGAGCGUCUUCGCAUAAACCGGAGCGAAGUCGACCUUCGCCCCGUGUCGCAAGGCGCUGGACGCCCCACGAAUGCGAGCUCUUCCCGCCAGGCGAGGCCCAGGACGCCGUCGAAGGCCCAUGAGCGCCACGCUCCGCGGCAGUCGUACGCGUCGCAUCAGAGGCGCUCGUCGGGUCGCCGGACGUCGCACGCGUCGUCACGCUCGCAGGAGCCUACGGGACACUAUGUGCCACACUCAAAGGCGUAUAACCAGGCUGCGCCUGCCUCAAACAGCCACAGACGCACCGGCAGCUACGACACGCGCCGCCAGGGUGGUUACUUCGCCUAAAAAGGUUUCCUACUCGGACUUGAAAGCUUUCUGUUAUGAUAUUCUAGUUAGUAACGGACUCUUUAAUAUGUUCACGACCCCUGCCAUGACGUUUUACGCACGAUCCUUCAAUCCUUUAUUAUGUUCACGAAAAUAUGACCCUGUUUCUGUCCCACGUCCAGUGGUUUCUCAUGACGCCUUCGAGAGUACUUGAUCUUCCUCGUUCCGCAACAGAGAUUGCAUGCUACACACUGACAGAGAUGGCAGGAACAUCGUGGUG